UUUUUUAAAAAGGAAAUAAAAAUUAAAAAAAAAGGAAAUAAAAACAAAAAUAAAAUAAAGACAACUCUUUUCCUGGUAUUGCUUUUGCAGUAGCUGGUGCCUUGGUCUUACCAAUAACUGAUGCCUUGUCUCUUCAACUCACAUGGCAUCUAAUCCUCAGCCAUCAGCUAACAAUCCUCCUCCAAAACCAUGGGAGCAAUCUGGUGGUUCUUCUGGUGCUACACCUUUUAAACCACCAUCAGCUGGCAGCACAAGUGAUGUUGUUGAAGCUUCAGGAACUGCAAGACCUGGAGAAAUUGUUCAAAGUUCAGGUAAUACCACAAAUAACACAAAUGCUGUUGGUAGGCCUCUUCCUGCAAGACCUUGGGAGCAGAGUUAUAGCACAAACAACUAUGGAGGUUAUAAUUCCACUCUGAACUAUAAUUCCGGAUAUGGUUCAGGGACCUAUGGCUCAUCAUAUGGUGGGGUUGGGGGAUCAUAUGGUGGGGUUGGAGGAUCAUACGGUGGGGUUGGAGGAUUAUAUGGUGGAGGGAUGUAUGGAAACAGCAUGUAUCGAGGCGGUUAUGGUGGGCUUUAUGGUUCUGGGAUGAAUGGUGGUGGUGGAAUGUACAAUAGUGGUUUUGGAGGCGCAAUGGGUGGUUAUGGAAUGGGCAUGGGUGGUCCUUAUGGAGUUCAAGACCCUAAUAAUCCAUUUGGUGAACCUCCAUCUCCACCGGGGUUCUGGAUUUCAUUUCUUCGAGUGUUGCAAGGAGUGGUUAACUUUUUUGGCCGCUUAUCAAUUCUCAUAGACCAGAAUACACAGGCUUUUCACAUGUUCAUGACUGCGCUUCUUCAGCUUUUCGAUCGCUCAGGCAUGUUGUAUGGAGAGUUGGCUAGAUUUGUAUUGAGGCUGCUGGGGAUCAGAACAAAGCCCAGAAUGGUCAACCCACAAGGUCCCAAUGGACUUCCUCUUCCAGGACCUGAAGGUACAAAUGCGAACUCUCGCUACAUUGAAGGACCAAAGGCUGCUCCAAGUGGUUCUUGGGACAAUGUUUGGGAGAAUGAUGCUGGCAAAUGAGGAAAUAACAUCUCUUAUGGAGUGAAUCUGAUAUUCUUUAUUGAUAGAAAAGACAUCUCUGGUGUAAUCCUCAGCGACAUGGUUUGCACAUGGAACUUUCAGUGUGGAAUGAAAUGUAAUCUUUGUAACCUUAGCAAAAUCAAAUUGUAUUUGAUCUAAAUUUAAUAGCGAGAACAAUUAUUGGUGUGCUGAAAA